AUGGCGGCGGUGAAUAGUCUUCAGAGGCCGUACACCCCAGGAAAACCUUUAUCAAUUGCUGAAAGACAACACAUUAUAGAAUUAUUUAACGGCGGACUCACAAAAACGGAAGUUUCUGAACGGCUCCGCGUAACUUUUCGUUGUGUAACAAAUGUCAUCGAACAUUAUCGUCGGUAUGGHUCUGUCAAUCCGUUAGGUCAUAGCGGUAAGCAGCCUGUUGUUUUGACAGAUGAUAUUCUGGAGGUCGUAGAGGUUUGGAAGCAUCAGAAACCAUCCUUGUAUGCUUCUGAGAUAAAGGAUAGGCUCAUACUUGAAGGGAUUUGUCAUUGGUCUACAGCACCAUCUGUGUCAGCAAUAAACCGUGCUYUUUCAACAAAGCUUGAUAUGUCGUGGAAGAAAAUCACAAGUGUCCCCUCUGAAUAUUAUAACAAUGAAUACAAAGUUGAUGAUUACUUAGAGAUUACAAGUCGGCUAGAUCCAUCAACCCUUMACUUCUUUGAYGAGUCGUCCGUUAUUAAGACUACGUCUAAUCGUUUAUAUGGCAGCAGCUUCAAAGGUUAUCGAGCAAUUGAAAUUCAAAGGUAUGCGUCGAAUGCAACAUUCACGGUUAAUUUGCUUCAUAGUAUACUUGGAGUGGAUUAUUACAAUGUCAUACCUGGAGCAUCGAAUGGAGAAGAGUUAGUUGCAUUCUUCAGUUAUGCWCUGGACUGUGAGAGACAAAAUGGACUACCAGUCUUUAUGAAUGGAGACACUGUUAUCAUGGAUAACUGCGGUUUUCACCAUGGGCAUAUAACAGAGCAAGCACUUCGACACAUACUAGGAGCUAAAGGUGUGAAUCUAGUUUACCAACCACCUUACUCACCUCACCUCAACACUUGUGAAUACUGUUUUAAUCAAAUGAAACAAACCCUAAAGUUAGAUGAACAUUUUUCACAGGCUUAUACAGAGUUGGCUAUAAUGCAUGCUGUAAAUAAUAUCACGCCGACACAACCACUUAAUUACUUUAAAAAGUGUGGUUAUGUGUUCUAG